AUGCUCUACCAACUGUGCCACUGUCGCCCCAUUUCCAAACUACAACCUGCAAAUUCUGCGCAAACUCUUGACGUCACGACACCUGCCUACAACACCCACCUACAACACCCGCCUACAACACCCGCCUACAACACCUGCCUACAACACCCACCUACAACACCCGCCUACAACAUCUGCCUACAACACCCGCCUACAACACCUGCCUACAACACCCACCUACAACACCUGCCUACAACACCCACCUACAACACCCGCCUACAACACCUGCCUACAACACCCACCUACAACACCCGCCUACAACACCUGCCUACAACACCCACCUACAACACCCGCCUACAACACCCGCCUACAACACCCGCCUACAACACCCACUACAACACCCACCUACAACACCUGCCUACAACACCCACCUACAACACCGCCUACAACACCCACCUACAACACCCACCUACAACACCCACCUACAACACCCCUACAACACCCACCUACAACACCCGCCUACAACACCCACCUACAACCCUACAACCCGCCUACAACACCCACCUACAACACAACCCCACCCUACACACCCCUACAACACUCCUAACACCCCCCUACAACACCUGCCUACAACACCCCCAUGCCUACAACACCCACCUACAACACCCGCCCUACAACACCUGCCUACAACACCCACCUACAACACCUGCCUACAACACCCACCUACAACACCUGCCUACAACACCUGCCUACAACACCCGCCUACAACACCGGCCUACAACACCCACCUACAACACCCGCCUACAACACCUGCCUACAACACCCACCUACAACACCUGCCUACAACACCCACCUACAACACCCGCCUACAACACCCACCUACAACACCCGCCUACAACACCCACCUACAACACCCGCCUACAACACCCACCUACAACACCCGCCUACAACACCCGCCUACAACACCCACCUACAACACCUGCUUACAACACCCACCUACAACACCCACCUACAACACCCGCCUACAACACCUGCCUACAACACCUGCCUACAACACCUGCCUACAACACCCGCCUACAACACCCACCUACAACACCUGCUUACAACACCCACCUACAACACCCACCUACAACACCCGCCUACAACACCUGCCUACAACACCCACCUACAACACCUGCCUACAACACCCACCUACAACACCCGCCUACAACACCCGCCUACAACACCUGCCUACAACACCCACCUACAACACCCGCCUACAACACCUGCCUACAACACCUGCCUACAACACCCGCCUACAACACCUGCCUACAACACCCACCUACAACACCCACCUACAACACCCGCCUACAACACCCGCCUACAACACCCACCUACAACACCUGCCUACAACACCCACCUACAACACCCGCCUACAACACCCGCCUACAACACCUGCCUACAACACCCACCUACAACACCUGCCUACAACACCCACCUACAACACCCGCCUACAACACCUGCCUACAACACCUGCCUACAACACCCACCUACAACACCCACCUACAACACCCGCCUACAACACCCACCUACAACACCCACCUACAACACCCACCUACAACACCUGCCUACAACACCCGCCUCCCGCGCUCGCUGAAUGGUCAGAGGGAGUACAACCGAGGUAACUGCAGCCACUAG